GCCGCUCGGCAUCGCUGCAUUCUUUUUUUGGGUGUGAUGUCGCUGGCCACGGAAGCCCCUCCCGACGGUGGAGGGUAUUUUCGGCGAUGCGGGGAUUGGUAUAAAUCGUGGCAUCGUCCGCCUCGUAAAUGCAUUUCUCGAACAGUGACUCUGCUGGGGCCUUGAAGCUCUGGGUCAACGUAGCAGAUGAAGCUUCUCGUAAUCGGGCAGUGGUCAAACCCGAGCUACUCCCCGAGGACCUAAGGUUACGAGUCUUCGUUCUGCAAAAGUCGCGCAGUUCCGUCCAAUCCUCGGGUCUGACAUGAGACGAAUCGCAGAUUCGAAGAAGAGAACAAAGGCAAUGUGAAUGCAUGUACGAGGUCGAGAUACAGACGGAGAGGGAUACAGUAGUGGAGAACGAGUAGAGCGAGGGCGAACGGGGUCACGGAUCUCGGCUCUGCGUCGAUCGAGCGGUGAAAAGAACGAAUCUACAGCGCGGGACCGGGACGCGGAAGGUUCCUCGUUCUUCACGCUAUGUCAUGAUGUACUUUUGCGAGAUUCAUCACGAGAAACAGAUAAAGCGCAUCUCGGUGCUGCAUUUCUCAAGCAAGAUUCACCUAGGCUAGGGUCGUUCGGUCCAUGUCGCAGUCGCAGCAGGAGCCCCGAGUGGGUGCGCGCUUCCGUCGGCCAUCGCAUCGAUCCGGUACUUUCAUGAUUGCGUGAAUGGGGAAUGGAUGAAUGUUGGGCUCCAUGAACGAUUCCCAGCUCCGCAACCCUAUUCAUUGACGACUGCCUGUCUGCUCGCGCGCAGACGGGGUUGCGAGCUCGGGAAAAGGAGCAGGAACAGGAGCAGGGCCGAGAAUGGAGCAUGGCCCCGACCACUGACACCGGUAGGUGUCGGUCUUGUUACUGCGGGGUGACGAGGGUGCGCAAGGGAUGAAGGUGGUUUUAAAGUCAAGCUGCGGGAGAAAUUGCAUAAUCGACGUGGUGGUCAGCCGGGCAGUGGAAUCAGCUGUCAGUUAGGAGUCGCUAGAAAGGAUCACUCAUGACGACGACGGUGACAGGCGUUUCGACGUCCGUUUUGCCCAUAGACAAGUGUUUCAUCUCGUUCAAUUGCCCCACCUUACCGACACCCUCGUACGGGCUCGGAUCGAAAACCCUAGACCGGACAAACGCUGCAGCGCGAGCUCGCUCGCCUUGCGCCUCCGCCCCCUCGACUUCGGCCUCGACCUCGUCCUACGCUUCUGCCUCGAUCUCCAAGUCCUGCCGCUUUGCCUCCUCGUCUUCCGGCCGAUAUGCCGCUUGCAAUGCGAGCGCGAGGCUCCGGUGGUUCAGCAAGCCGCAGCCCCGCGGAGUUCGCCAACUCCAGGUUCUCAAUCACAGCAGCCGGCACCUCAAGAGGGAGUGGGAGAAGCGAUGCUGCCCUCCGCAGGACGGAUUUCGUCUGGCCUCCGAGAGGGCGGUGAAGUCGCCGCAGCAUCCCCGAAAUGCCGUCUUUGGCAAUGCCAGGCCCCGAUGCCCUGUUGAGCCGCAGACGGGUCACAUACUGGCUCGCACUCACAGGAGUCUGCACUCCGGCGAUCGCAGUGGCGAAUGGAGGGCGGUGCGGGGAGCUCGGUCGAGGAGGUCGUCGCGCGUGGCCCGUCGAGAUGUGCCGCAGUGUGAGCAUCGGCUUCGGCAUCGGCGGCAGCAGCAGCAGCAGAGCAAGCGGUUCACGCCAUUGCAAUCGUGCGCCGUAGGCCACUUUCUCUUCGCCAAGAAGAAUUGGAGACCGGGAGCUUCCAUCGGUCCGCGCAAGCGAUCGACUUCGGAAGCAAGAGCUGAAGACGAUCCGGAACGAAUCAAGAAGGCGAGACGACAGGGAGGCUUCGAUAUGCCCGAGAGUGGUAGUAGUAGUAGUAUUCCUACUUCCGAAGGCAAGUUCUACGAGCUCUCGAACUGGCCCAAGCCUUCGGCCGGCGUGAAUGUCUACCAGCUCUACGAUUGUGCAGAAGAUAGCGACAGGGCUGGUGGAAAGAGCGAUUUUGGAGGUGUUCUUUUGAACGGAGAGGAGAGGGAAGGAGGAGGAGAAGUCGAAGACAGGCGCACGAUUCGAGAGGACAGAGGGCAGAAGGUGGGAGAAAGGGACGACGACGACGUCGAGUCGCCGACUUCUUCUGCCAGUGCAGCCGAUGCGAAGAUGGCUCGCAAAUUUCAUCAAACGGACGAGGGCGUCGUGCAGCUCAAGAACUAUUCGAAUGGGGCCGAAGUGUACAUAGUCGGCACUUCCCAUGUUUCGAGGAAAAGCGUUAAAGAAGUGCAGCAGAUUAUUGAAAAAGUGCGGCCAAACUACGUGCUGGUGGAGCUGUGUAGACAACGAUACGAUAGCCUAGAACUGAGAAAAACUAUUAAGAAGAUCUCCUUACUCGAACACAUUAUCGAAAAGCUAACGAAGGGCAGAGCGAGGCUGCUAGGUGCCGCGCUUUCUAGAAUGCAGCCUCACCACAGCUCCUAUCCUGGUCAAGAAUUCCAGGUACUAUGUUGCUCAUAGUAGGUAAUACUCAUUGUGACGAUUGAGGGAACUCCAUCCAGAUGGAACCUGGAAUAUCUUGAUUAUUGUGGUUCCUUGUCAUCAUGUACGCCUUCCAAAGAGUCACGUACCUCAUCCACAGGUCGCCAUGGAAGCAGGCAAAAGGGUUGGAGCCGAAAUUGUGCUCGGAGAUCAGGAAAUUGAAAAAACCCUUAUGCUUUUGGGGGACUUUGACCUGAACAUGUCAAUGCAAGAUGCCUUCAGGUUGUUCGGACAGCCUAUGCCGCCGGACAUGGCCAAAGCUCUUGGCAGGGGACAGGAUGUUUCCAAGACAGAAUUAUUUGAACGAUUCAGAGAUCGAAGAGUCGUGAGGCGAUUUAAUGAGGAAAUGAAGAAAGGAGCUCCACAUAUACAUAAAAUUUUAGUGGAUGACAGAAACGAAAUUAUGGCGAAGAGACUUCGAUCCUUGCCGGGAAAGGUCGUCGCUGUCGUGGGACUGGCUCAUGUUGAUGGACUAGAACAACUAUGGCACGAGUACAAUGAGAAGUGCUAACGGAUUGCAUGCAUAGAACAUGACGGAAUUCGAACACCUCACUUCUCAAAAAGGCCGGAGGAUAUACCAAAUCUCUUCCUCUAAGCCUGUACCAAUCCCUCGAUCGUAUCGACCAAAUGCAAAGCCCCUCCCCAAGGUGGCAUCUUUCGGAUUGCAGAACUACCAUACGUGGUACUGGGUUUCCACGUAUUGGCGUCCACCAAGCACAGCAUUCUGGGCAAUUGGAACCAGUGUGACUGCUGUGAAAGGUCUCCAAAAGAUACCACGGAAACGCUAAUCGAUUUGGAAUAGGACGCCGAAGAGCGUCACCCAUGAACAGUUUCGCUUGGUGUAAAUUGUACAUAGCGUAGAUAUGGGUGCCCUACAGUCAACAUCAAACCCUUUGCAUUCACUGAAGUUGUGCUUGGGUGGGAUCUCUCCUGUUCGAGAACAGUGUAAAUUUUAGACCCUGGGAUUUCUAGACGUCGAGCAUUUCUAGUUGGUGCAUAUGUGUAAAUACAAGUUCUUGGAAGCCAGUUCACUAGGGUCAUCAUCAAGACCUACAAAUGAGAAAACUUCUUGCGAAUGGGUUUCCCA